AUGUUCCUGCCUCUCCGGUCGAAGAAUACCUCGCCCAGCAGUGUCGAACCCUUGUCUGAAGCGAGGCGUGUCCACCUCUACUGUACGCAGUACCGGCAGCCGCGCAGCUCUCUCGAUGUUUAUAUUAUCGCGCUCAGUGCGCCACCCUACGAAUUCAUUGCCCACCUACGCAUUGUAACUCCGCACCGGGCUGAUUUUGGCGUUCCGGAGCUGAUGAAGCUGGCUAAAUUGCCAAACCUAGGAGUGCUUGAGAUCAUCGAACGCGCACCGGAUCGUGCUCCAUGGGACCAGCUAAGGCUUAAUGAGGGGAUGCAUGGGCAGAGUGCAGACGCUUAUCUCGACCCGCAGCAGGUCAGCGAUCGACUGGUCAGGGGCUGGAGCCUGACGCGACCGGAUCCCUUUCCGGCUCUGCGCGUGCUCCGGCUUUGGGGAUGCAGUGGUUACAUAUUGACUUCAGCGUGUCUGCAGAAUGCAGUGAAAUUUCCGUUGUUGGCGCUCAUAGUUGUGUCCAUCCAAUACAACAACCAUCAGGCCACGCCGGACACAUGGUCAGAUGCCUUGCUGACUGCUUCGGCGUCUGGCUGGACUGGUCUUUCCCUCUCGAGGCAAAGCUCCCAGUACAACAUUGCGACAGAGGUUCCGCAUAAGAACCCGGAUUCGUAUAUUUUGACACUCAACAUGGUAGAGGAUCACACUACACCGGUGGAAGCUCUACGCUGGGGUUCGCACCUGUAUUCGUUUGUAGCUAAGACGGCUUACGAUGGCCGUUAG